AUGGGCUUCUUGAAGAUUCUCCGUAAGCAACGUGCUCGGGAACGCGAGAUGAGAAUAUUAAUUCUUGGAUUAGACAACGCUGGAAAGACUACUUUAAUGAAAAAAUUCCUCGACGAGCCGACUGAUACAAUUGAACCAACAUUAGGAUUUGAUAUCAAAACCGUGCAUUUCAAAGAUUUUCAACUAAACUUAUGGGAUGUUGGCGGACAGAAAAGUCUAAGAUCUUAUUGGAAGAAUUAUUUCGAAUCCACAGAUGCUUUAAUUUGGGUGGUAGAUUCGUCAGAUAGAGAGCGUCUUCUACAAUGCUCCGAAGAACUCAAAAAAUUGCUCGGAGAAGAACGAUUAGCCGGUGCUUCUCUUCUAGUUCUUGCCAACAAAAGUGAUCUGCCAGGGGCCAUUGAUGUGAAUUCAAUAGCACAGGUACUCGAUCUCCAUUCCAUCAAAUCCCAUCACUGGAAGAUCUUUAGUUGCUGUGCACUUUCUGGUGAUCGACUGGUCCAAGCAAUGACAUGGUUAUGCGAUGAUGUUGGAAGUCGAUUAUUCAUACUUGAUUAAAAUUGUUAUCAAUCAAACUGCUUUGAUCUCAUUUCACACUGCUUGUAAAUAUAUAAAAAUUAUAGAUUUUAA